AUGACUAGGCAGCAUGAGGAGGCGAUCUCGAAGACGGCGCGCGUGCUGGAGGAGGCGGACAUCUCGGAGGAGAAGCGCGACGUCAUCCACCGCGAGAUCGGCAAGUUCCGCGAGAGCAUGAAGCUGCCUAGUGAGAGACCUUCGCCCAACCUCGGCCUGAAUGUCAGGCAUCGGUGGCGCUGGACCGUGGUAGUGGGCGUGGCCGAGGAUGCCCCGCCCACCGCUCUUGCACUCACACCGACGCAUGCAUCGAGCAGCCGAGUUUCCGUCGUUACCUCUGAGCCGAGCGGGCGGAGCGCAGGAGCCUACGUGGCCGGCGGCGCGGGCGGGCCGGCGGGCGGGCCGGCGGGCCGGGCGGCGCUCACAGGCACCGCGCCCGCGCCGCCGGCCGGGGGCCCUGCGCUUCUGCCGUCCAUUUGGAGGCCAACGUCGGUGCCAGCUUUGCUGGUUUCACGACCGGUGUGUUGCGCUCGUUGCGCGUACAAGAUCUACCGCGGCUCUAGUGUGCGAGGUCGCGCCUUCAAGAACGUGCGCCGACACGCCGCCGGGUUGCUGGUCAAGCUGGGGUCGAAGAUCUUUGCGGCUCUAGUGCACGAGGCCGCGCCGUCAAGAACGUGCGCCGACACGCCGCCGGGUUGCUGGUCAAGCUGGGCUCUAAGUCAUAGGUUACGUGUACAAGAUCUUCGUGGCGCUGGUGUACGAGACCGCGCCGUCAAGAACGUGCGCCGACACGCCGCCGGGUUGCUGGUCAAGCUGGGCUCUAAGUACCCGCUGCUGCUGCUGCCAGUAUUCCCGCGGCUCCACGAGAUGUGUCGCUCGGCGUUAGCACGCGCGGACCUCAGCGCGGUGGAAAGCGUUACACUACAGGAGGCGUUGUUACUCGUCUCCAACCACUUCUGCUGCUACGAGCGGCAGAGCGCACUGGUCGCGCAGGUCCUAGGUGACUGCAGCGAGCGGUGGGCGUCACUAGGCCCCCAUGUAUCGUCAGCAGAAUCUCUAGCGCGACUGAUUGGUCUUGACCAGGCGCCCGAGGCCGCCGACGUAGAUGAUGAGCGAGGCCGCGCUAGAAGAACGUUACUGCAUGCGUUGACGCUGCUAUUAGGCGUCGUGAAGAGGACGCAAGUGCCUGCUGAUCCGGACAAAGCGUCACGCGGCGGCUUCAGCGCGGGCGUGACCGCGUCCGGCAACCCAAUAUGGCGGAACCCGUGCGGCUCGCACGUGCUCCCGUUAUUCCCGCACGCGCUGGCACUAGCGCGGGCGUUGCACGAGUUGCACGCGCCGGGCGCGCGCGCGCUAAGGCACCCGGGGCACGCGCGCGCAUUGCACGCGCCGCCUGCGGAGCGCCGCAACCUGUUGGGAUUGCCUGCACCGGCGCCCGUGCGAGACCCCGACCACCACCACUUGCACCCUCAGGAGCGUAUGCAGAACUAUUUACACACGCUACACGAUAACGUGUGCCACCUCGUGGGCGCGGCUGCGACGACUCUCGGGCGGGAGCUGUACGCCGUGCCCGGGCUCGCCAAGUUCCUGUCGGACUCGCUUCUCCACGGUCUCGAAUACCUGCCCGACCACUGGCUGCGGCCCAUCGUGCGCAACGCGCUCAAGCCGCUGCUGCACCACUGUCCGCCCGCGCACUUCCAGCACGUCGCGCUGCCGCUGCUGCAGCACUACGCGCCCUUCAUGCUAAAACAUUUAUCGGAACGGUGGGACUACAUCACAUCUCUCUACGAAUCUGGGAAGUUGGAGGAGGAGGGCGGCAGCGAAUCACAAGAGGUCCUCGAGGACAUGCUAGUCAGACAUCUCACAAGAGAACAUUUAGAAGUACUCAAAAUCUCACUAGUAGACGGCGGUUUAAGCGUAGAAGUGUCAUCGGGUGAUAUGGAAGACGACGCGGCACCGGCGUGCGCUCCGCAGCGAGCGCCGGAUCACGUGUCCGAACUCGGCGCGCUCGUGCUGCAGGACGCGCGCGCGGGGCCCGCGGCGUUACACACGGUGUUAUACGCGCUAAUGUGGAACGAUUCGCAAUCCUCAUUCCGGGCGUGUACGCUUGCGCUGCCGGCGCUUCGGGCGGCGUUAGCGGGCGGCCGGGUCUCCGCGGCGGAGGCCAGCGGAGCCCUAGCGGCUGUCUUACAGGCGUUGCGGACUCAUGGUCAACAUGACGCCAACCAGGCGGCGCUGCUUGCGCUUGCUGUGCAGACUUACGAGGCUCUCCGGCCGCGGUUCCCGUCGAUCGUGAGCGUGCUGCGUGAGAUUCCCGACGUGGACGCGCACGACCUGCGGCGGCUGGACGAGAAGCUGGCCGCGCCGCCCGCCAAGCCCUCCAAGACAGACAAGAGCAAGCGCGACCUCUUCAAGAAGAUCACCGCCAGGUUGAUCGGGCGCAACGUGGGGCAGCUAUUCAAGAAGGAAGUGUACAUCCUAGACCUGCCGACCAUGCAGUCGUCCAAGGAGAAGCCGCGCGGCCCGCUCGACACGGCCGAAGGUGCGCAGCUUGACACGCUGUUUGCGCACGCGCCCACUUAGCCCCGCCAUACUCGACUGUGAACCAUUUAUAUGUUACUAUUAAAUUAUAUUAUUAACA